AAACACCUAAGCAGAAACUUCCUUUGCUUGCAGUCACAAUGCGUACAGUGAUCUUCUAUUAUAUCUUUCUAAGAAUGGUCUGGUCAGAAGAAAUUAUCCAGCCCAAGUUCAUUGUAGCAACAGAACAUGCUGAGGCGGCUCUGGAAUGUCGAUAUGCUUUAGACCGAAAGCAUAAGCAUGUUACGCUGGAGGUAUUGAAAGGUCCAGAUCCGUUCUGCGCGCCUGUAUCUGUGAGGCAAAUAGAAAAUGGCACUGUUUUUAAUUCAAGUGUUGGUUUCAAACACUGCGAGGGAAUGGUCAAUGCGGAUAGAGUCAUCUUCAAAUUCUCAAACCUACAAGAAAAGGACAGUGACAUGUACUAUUGUCAGCUCAAUAUAAUGUAUCCACCUCCUUUUCGCAAUCCAAAAGGAAAUGGAACCUUGAUAAUAUUUCAAACGAAAAAUAACAGUACAGAGACCCCACGUUCACCUACUUCAGACUCCCGAUUUUGGAUUCUGAAUGCAGUAAUUACAGUUCUCACUCUAUAUGGUGUGAUCGUCUCCUUGUUACUUUACAUCACUUGUUACAAAAUACGACAAAACAAGCUCAUCCAAAAUGACUAUAUGAAUAUGAAACCGAGAGGACUCAAAAACAACAAGCAGCAGGGAGUACUCCACCCAAGCAGAAAUGGAAGAUACUGAGAAAACUUCUUUACAUAAAGGCAACUCUUCCUUCACAGCAGAAUGAAACCCAUAUUGCUGCUUAACAGAAACGAACAGCAACAUGCUACAGCUUUAUGACUACUUUGCAGAAAUGCCAGACACUGAUAUAAAUGUCAGCGGGUCUAAGGGCUGUCAUUGGUCGGUCCUGAAAAAGGGGUGGUAACAUCAAGGUAUGGGCAAGGCCUGGGUAUCAUUCUGACAUUAUGACUGAACUUUUUUAUAUUUUGGAUCAUUUACCUUCUAUCUAACAGGUUUGUGGAGAAGAUGAAAGGCCAUGUUACAAUGUAGGCAAAGGAUGAUUUGAAUAUCUUGUUGUAUUGUAAUUGUUUAAACCUAUAUAUAUAUAAAUAUUAUAUAUAUAUAUAUAUAUAUAUAUAAUGAGACAAAAAGUAAAAUGUAUGAUAAUGUUCUGUAUCUCAAACUUUAAACCCUACAUUAUAAUUAAAAGUGCAGUGCCCCAAUACGGUUAUAUAUAUAUAAAAUGUUCAUGUAUAUUGUUAUGAGUACAUUUCAGCAACAUCGCUUAAAUGUGACAUCCCUACCCCUUUAUUCAUAAAGCAACAGAGUGGGCCAGAAAGCUUCAAAUAGGGGGGAAGCUUGAUCCUGAACUACUGAAUGUAAACAGAUUGGUAAGCUAACAGCAUCUGUUUUUUAAGGCUAUAUAAUGAUUAAUGGGACACUUCAGUUUUUCAGGUUCAAGAGGUGUUUUUGGGUUUUUUUUUUUUUUUGUUAAUUUAGUAGUCGCCAAUUGUUUUUAUUAUUUUCUCCCCAAUUUGGAAUAGCCAAUUAUUUUUAGUCUCAGCUUACCGCUACCACCCUUGCACUGACUCGGGAGGACGAAGACGAACACACGCUGUCCUCCGAAGCGUGUGCCGUCAGCCGACCGCUUCUGUUACACACUGCAGGCCCACCAUGCAGCCACCUCAGAGCUACAGCGUUGGAGGACAACGCAGCUCUGGGCAGCUUACAGGCUGGUUAGACUACAGGGGUCACUGGUGAGCGGUGAGCCGAGGACACCCUGGCGCUGAGCCAAUUGUGCGCCGUCCCCUGGGAACUAUCGUCCACGAACCGGCAACAUCCAGGCUAUAGGGCACAUCCUACACUCCACACCUUUACCGGAUGCGCAACUCGGGCACACCUAAGGUUCAAGAGUUUUAACGUUUUACACACAGAAAGCAUGGGGCAAAAUAUGACAAGCAAGACAAAGGAAAAACUUUUGAAUACAACAUUUUAAAAAUAAGUAUGUGCCUUCACAUGUAAAUACAUAUUGUAUAUAUUAACCUUUAAGUAAUUAAAGUAAAUGAAGAUAAAAUAUGCUUUUUCUUUACUUUUCAUUUGGUCAUAUUAUUAGUAUUUCAUUUUCUGUAAUAUGGCCUAUAAAAAGUGAAACCCUAGUA